GAUUAACAUGUGUAUUACUAUAUAGGAGCUAACUUCAGUCGUAUAUUGACACUCAGCUGGCCAUUGUGUGUUUCAUUAUUAGUAAAUAUGUCGUUCGUACGGUUACCUUUUAUACUGUUAUUUUGGAGUGCCCCGUUUUUAACGUUGACGUCCUGUGAAAUCAACUUGGAGAAUGGCUUAGAGGCAUUCUUGGACCAUCUCAAGGCUCAAGACAUGGUGUACAGAUACAAAAACGCUGAGGUGCUUGAUGUCCAGCAAAAGAAAGACGUGCUUCAACUGACCAUAGGCGUGGAAGGGGAAUGUUUAAAUAUAAUUCCCCAGAUGCCUUGUGAAAAUACGUUUAGGGAGUGUACUGGUUACAUUCUAAAAGAGGAGGACACUGAAAAGUUAAUGGUAAAAAAUGUCAAAUGCACAGAAAAAAGACCCGUAGUUCCAGAUAGCGUAGACGAAGAACUGGUCUACGAGCCACCACUGCCAGACAGCGGAAAUAAUAGAUUGAAAAAGAUCGAGUUAAGUCACGAAACUGUAUCUACCGAAGCUGAGGAACCGUUCAUGGCAGUCCGCAAGAACCAAUGUUGCGGUUUCGCCACUGAUGUCGACACCAACGUCGAAGGUGUAGACGUUCUAAUCGACACAGCCCUUAGACAAGUCGAAGCUGACAGAGAAAAGAGACAUUCAUUGGUGAAAAUCGUCCGUCUUCAAAAACAGGUGGUGGCCGGUAUAAAAUACAUUUUAACCAUGGAAAUAGCACCAACCACCUGUGAGAAGAACGCCGAACUGUCAGUGUACUGUCCAAUUGACGAAACGGCUGGAACAGUCACUUGUCAAAUCGAGUUCAUCGAACAAGUCUGGAUCAGCAAAGACAAACAUAUCAUUUCCAAUAACUGCACCACCACAAGGGUUUAUGACGUCCCAGAAGUUCCAGAACGUGUGGUAGCACCUAAAUACGAGGGAGAAAACGAAAUUAACCACGGGUCUGGAAAGCCCGGAGAUCUGCCAAACAUAUCAGUAGAAGGGUUGUCGGACCUAGAAUCUCAAAUAAUCCCGGACCAAAGUGAAGCAAGCUCGAACCAAAUCGCCCGUAACAAAGUAGAAUCACAAAAUCGUGCCGACGACGUCCUUAAAGACAUAGAAGGCAUGAUCGAGCCAAUCAACGUAAAAAACAACUACGAUGCGCCGCCUUUGACCAAUUUGCACAGGCAAAAGAUCGAGACCAUUCCGGAGGAGCCCCAUUACAUUGACGAUUUUGCGUUGCCCCCGGAAGACUAUUUCCACAAAGUGGAAGAGCAGGUUCAACCCAACAAAAAUAGAUUGCAAUCGGGUGUUUUCUACGAUUCAGCUUAUGAUUAUAGCCCGCCGAAUCCUCAAAAUUUCGAAGAAUACAUUAACGUUGGAUUGCCAAGGGAGGAGAAUCAAUUUGAUCCAUUUUCUCCAGACGUUUCCAACUAUAACCCCGUUGAUAAUUCGCACAUAGAUGACUUUAAUUUUGACGUUGAUCAAGAUUCCUAUAAACCUUUCCAUUUCGAUGACUUCGCUGGCGCUUUUCCCGAACUAUUCAUGAAUGACGCCCCAGUCCCCGAAAAAACUAACGAAGCGCCGACCACUACCACACCCGAGACUGGCAGCCCUUUGCCUGAAAUUUCUUCGGUGAAACCUGAAGAUACCAAUGCGACCAAAACGGUUUCGUCUGAAGAAAACUCCAGCGAAGAAGGCAACAAUGCGGCAGAAAAAAGUUCAAGUUCAAGCGAGGAAAAGACGAGAACAAAGAGAGAUAUCAAAAAUAAUAAAGUUAAAGAUUCUGACGAGAAAAAUGGUUCAACAGCCUCCAAAAAAGAUUGUAAUGAUGACGAUGACGACGAUAAUGAUGACGAUAAUAAUGAUUCUAAGAGUAAUGGCAAAGACGAAGUGGAUUGUCCAAACACAUCAAAAGACGGAUGUUCAAAAAAAGUUAAAAAGAGUUGCUCAAAAUCAUCCAACAAAGGUUGUGAAGAUGACGAUGACGAUGAUGGUGGUUCAUCUUCAUCAUCCAGUAGUAGUAGCAGUAGCAGUGAUAGUGAUGAAGAUGAGAAAGGUUGUUCAAGGAAAUCCAAAAAAAGUUCUUCUAGAAAACAUAAAAAUGAUGAUGAUUCAUCCUCAUCAUCCAGUGACAGUAGUGAAGAAAGUGACCAACAUAGACAUAAUAGGAAGCACAAGCGUUCCCUGGGUCAACUAGAAAAGAUAUCGAUUCACGAAAAACCUUUGGUGCGUGAUUUGGCCGAUUACGUUGCCGCCACCCUUGAUUACAAAGAUGAAGACAAUCACAGGAAUGUGGUGUUGCAAAUUUUGGGCGCGAAGAAGUUGAAGCUCGAAGGGCUUUACUAUAAUUUGAUUUUGAGAUUGGGAAUUUCACAUUGUUUGGAAGACAAGCACGCGAACAGCGGGGAGUGUAGAGAAAAAUUAUUCGAAAAUUUGACGAAAAUUUGCAAGGUCCAAGUGCACGUUGACGCAGAGUACAGCAAUCCAAAGAUUGUCAAGUCUCAAUGUCAAAACAUCAAAAAGGACGAGUUCGAUAUAAAUCGCACCAACUACAGCCGAUACCGCAGACAAGUUAAAGCAGGUGGUAUUAAAGUUCGCCCUAUAGAUGAUGCGGAAGCUUUGCAGUAUCUGAAGACAAGUUUGAGUCAGAUGGAUUCAGAAUCCGGCCACCCAAACAAAUUGAAAAUUAAAGAGGUACUUGCUGUAACUUCGCAGGUUGUUGCUGGUUCCUUGUGGAAAAUAAAAGCCGUAGUGGUUUUGUCAGAUUGCAAACAGGAAGAAAUCAAAGACAUUGAAGAAUGCGGAGAACUCGAAGGAGCAAACACCAGGACAUGCAAUUUUAGUAUCUGGGACAGACCUUGGUUACAAAAUGGCAAAGAAACCGAGAUUAAGUGCGAUAACGAAGAUAAAUUGUACAAAUAUAGAGCAAAACGUCAAAUACCUGGUGGCAAAACUGAACAGCCAAAAGAUAGCGCAGAAGCUUUAAAACAUUUAAAGAACAGCAUUGGUCUUCUUGAUUCCGAGUCUGGGCAUUCCAACAAACUAAAAAUUAAGGAAGUAAUUUCAGUUCAUUCCCAAGUAGUUUCGGGAGUUUCCUGGGACAUCAAAGCAAAAAUAAUUUAUUCCGACUGCAAAAAAGAGGAUUCCAAAGAUCCUCAAGAAUGUGGGGAACUGAGUGGUGCUGAAGAAAAAAUAUGCGACUUUAACAUUUGGGAUCAGCCAUGGUUGCCGCAAGGCACCAAAACCGAAAUCAAAUGUGAAAAUGAUUCAAAAACACACAAGUAUAGAUCAAAAAGACAAACCAAGGUUGGUGGCAAAACUGAGCAACCAAAAGAUAGCGCAGAAGCUUUAAAACAUUUAAAGAACAGCAUUCGUCUUCUUGAUGCCGAGUCUGGACAUUCCAACAAACUAAAAAUCAAGGAAGUAAUUUCAGUUCAUUCCCAAGUAGUUUCGGGAAUUUCCUGGGACAUCAAGGCAAAAAUAAUUUAUUCCGACUGCAAAAAAGAAGAUUCCAAGGAUCCUCAAGAAUGUGGGGAACUGAGUGGUGCUGAAGAAAAAAUCUGCGAUUUUAAUAUUUGGAGUCAGCCAUGGUUGCCACAAGGCACCAAAACAGAAAUCAAAUGUGAAAAUGACUCAAAAACACACAAGUAUAGAUCAAAAAGACAAACCAAGGUUGGUGGCAAAACUGAGCAACCAAAAGAUAGCGCAGAAGCUUUAAAACAUUUAAAGAACAGCAUUGGUCUUCUUGAUGCCGAGUCUGGACAUUCCAACAAACUAAAAAUUAAGGAAGUAAUUUCUGUUCAUUCCCAAGUAGUUUCGGGAGUUUCCUGGGACAUCAAAGCAAAAAUAAUUUAUUCCGACUGCAAAAAAGAAGAUUCCAAGGAUGCUCAAGAAUGUGGGGAACUGAGUGGUGCUGAAGAAAAAAUAUGCGACUUUAACAUUUGGAGUCAGCCAUGGUUGCCGCAAGGCACCAAAGUCGAAGUUAAAUGUGAAAAUGAAUCAAAGCCACAUAAGUUGAGAUAUAGAAGAGGAUUAAAUCAAUUGGGCGGCCCAGAAGAUCAGCCGAAUGACAAUGCGAAAGCGAUAAGCUACUUAAGGGAGGGAUUAUUACAUUUGGACACCAAAUCCAAUCAACUAAAUAAAUUUAAAAUCAAGGAAGUUCUUUCGGUGACCAAGCAGCAAGUAUCCGGUCAGCUGUGGAAAAUCAAAGCUAAAAUAGUGCUGUCGGACUGCGCCAAGGACGACCCCAGGGAACCUCUUGAUUGUGGGGAGUUGGAAAGUGACGCGGGCCGCAUUUGCGUUUUCCAAGUUCACGAUCAGCCUUGGUUGCCGCAUGGAAGAGAAACCGAAAUACGUUGCGAAAACGAACCGAACGUGCACAAGUACAAAACUAAAAGAUCCGUUGCGGACGAAUAUUGGUUGCCCAGCUCUGUUAAAAUAAAUCCCGAGGUGCACGAGUAUGUUCAAUCAGCACUGGAAUACAUGGAUUCGAGAUCUGAUAAAGAUACAACUUACGCUUUGAAAGAAAUUGUUGAUGUUAAAAAGGAAGCAGAACAUAAGUGGGUCGUGUCAGUAUCGAUUUUACUUUCAGAUUGCGCUAAAGGAACCGAUGCUAGAUAUUGCAGGGAAUUAAACCUGGGUUCAAAGGCUUGCGAUAUUAGUAUUUCGUUACUAAACCUAUCCGGAAGCAGAAGGGAAAUCUCCAUCAAGUGCGAAGGAGAUGAUAACGUGUAUGCGUUUGACGAUAUCUCAACCACCAAUGCCCUUACCCAAGAGGAAAUCAGAACCAUGUUCUCCAAAUUCAUAAACCAUCACAGCAAGAACUACAAACACAAGAACGAGUACAACUAUCGUCUUAAAGUAUUCAAAUCUAACCUCAAACUUAUCGAUGAGUUGAAUAAGCAAGAACAAGGUACCGGCGUCUAUGGAAUCACGAAAUUCGCCGAUCUGACACCCGAGGAGUUUUCCCGCUCCCACGGACUGAGAAGCGAUCUCAGAUCGGAAAACGACAUUCCCUUCGCUCAAGCCGAAAUUCCCGAUGUCGAGCUUCCAGUGGCGUUCGAUUGGCGUGAAAAGGGCGCCGUGACCGAGGUGAAGGACCAGGGCCAAUGCGGAAGUUGCUGGGCGUUCAGCGUGACGGGCAACGUCGAAGGACAAAACGCCAUCAACGGCGGGACCCUUCAGGAACUCUCCGAACAAGAAUUGGUCGAUUGCGAUACCAUGGACGAUGGUUGCAACGGAGGGUUGAUGGACAAUGCGUACAGGAUGAUAGAAAAACUGGGCGGUUUGGAGUUGGAACAAGACUACCCGUACGACGCCAAGGACGAGAAAUGUCAUUUCAAUAAGAACAAGGUACGCGUUCAGCUCAGUGGGGCCGUUAAUAUUAGCCACGAUGAGACUGAUAUGGCCAAGUGGUUGGUUCAAAAUGGACCGAUUUCCAUUGCCAUAAACGCAAACGCCAUGCAGUUCUACGUUGGAGGAGUGUCGCAUCCAUGGAAAGUACUGUGCAGCCACAAAAACCUCGAUCAUGGGGUUCUAAUUGUUGGUUAUGGCGUUCAUAAAUAUCCAUUAUUUAACAAGACCAUGCCAUAUUGGAUAGUAAAAAACUCAUGGGGAAAAUCAUGGGGUCAACAGGGAUACUACUUGGUGUACAGAGGAGAUGGUACAUGCGGCUUAAAUCAAACCCCUUCUAGCGCAAUAGUGACAAAAUUAGUAUAGACUCUUUGUGCAUUGUGAUAUUUUUAUUAUAUUUUAUUUUUCGAAGACAGUUUGAAACAAAAUAAUAUCAUUAGGUACACAUAAUAAUUAUUACGAAUAAUAAUGUUAAUAAUUUCUGAAUGUUUAAUAUGACUAAUUUAACUAAUUUUAAGAUAGCAAUAACAAUUAUAAAAUAUUUUUUAUGAUGCAAAUAAAAAAUGGCAGUUAUUUUGAUUAUAAUUUAUUGAAAAUAAUGACAAUCAACUCGUCCCAGAAUCGUUAUUUAAGUAGCGCCGUUAUCAUCAUAACCAGAAUUAAGAUUUUAAUAAGCAGCUUUCAAACGCGUAUGUAACAAAGAAGAGUUAUUGAUAAUAAAGCCGGGAAAUGUUAAAAUAUCGGAAUGUACACUGGUACAAAACUAAAAAAUUCGUUGCGGACAAAUAUUGGUUACCCAGCUCUGUAAAUAUAAAUCCCGAGGUGCACGAGUAUGUUCAAUCAGCACUGGAAUAUAUGGAUUCGAGAUCUGAUAAAGAUACAACUUACGCUUUAAAAGAAAUUGUUGAUGUUAAAAAGGAAGCAGAACACAAGUGGGUCGUAUCAGUAUCGAUUUUACUUUCAGAUUGCGCUAAAGGAACCGAUGCCAGAUAUUGCCGGGAAUUAAACCUGGGUUCAAAGGCUUGCGAUAUUAGGAUUUCGUUACUAAACCUAUCCGGAAGUAGAAGGAAAAUCUCCAUCAAGUGCGAAGGAGAUGAUAACGUGUAUGCGUUUGACGAUAUCUCAACCACCAAUGCCCUUACCCAAGAGGAAAUGAGAACCAUGUUCUCCAAAUUCAUAAACCAUCACAGCAAGAACUACAAACACAAGAACGAGUACAACUAUCGUCUUAAAGUAUUCAAAUCUAACCUCAAACUUAUCGAUGAAUUGAAUAAGCAAGAACAAGGUACCGGGGUAUAUGGAAUCACGAAAUUCGCCGAUCUGACACCCGAGGAGUUUUCCCGCUCCCACGGACUGAGAAGCGAUCUCAGAUCGGAAAACGACAUCCCCUUCGCUCAAUCCGAAAUUCCCGAUGUCGAGCUUCCAGUGGCGUUCGAUUGGCGUGAAAAGGGCGCCGUGAAGGACCAGGGCCAAUGCGGAAGUUGCUGGGCGUUCAGCGUGACGGGCAACGUCGAAGGACAAAACGCCAUCAACGGCGGGACCCUUCAGGAACUCUCCGAACAAGAGUUGGUCGAUUGCGAUACCAUGGACGAUGGUUGCAACGGAGGGUUGAUGGACAAUGCGUACAGGAUGAUAGAAAAACUGGGCGGUUUGGAGUUGGAACAGGACUACCCGUACGACGCCAAGGACGAGAAAUGUCAUUUCAAUAAGAACAAGGUACGCGUUCAGCUCAGUGGGGCCGUUAAUAUUAGCCACG